AUGCCCAAGUCCAAGAUAAGAGAUUUCGACCCCGAGUCACUCCUUGACCCUGCACCAAGCUCCAGCGAAGAUGAGCGCUCCGAUGACGAUGUCUCCGAAGUCGAAGAAGACGAUGCAGGGCGGGAGCACUACACAGCCGUGGGAAAGAGCAAAUUGAGAAAGCCGGUUGAGGUAGCGCUUGGUCCCGAGUACGCUGGGCGCAAGGUGGACCGAAAAGCGCUUGAAGACAGCGACAGCGACGAUCCAUUCGACAGAGGCUUCGACGAGGAGGAUAGCGAGGCUAGUGAUGAUGAUGGAGGUGGCGAUAUCAAUGGGGAAGAAAUUAACGGCGAGGACGACAGUGACGAGGAAGGCUUCAGCGGAGACUCUGAUGAGGAAAUGGGCGACGACGACGAAGACGAAUCAGAUGGAAGCGGUGCCGAAGACGCGAGCGACGGUGAAGAUGGCGAUCAACUCGGAGGCUCAGAUGACGAAGAUUCUGGCGACGAAGCCAGGCCGAACGCGUCCACUGUGCGCGACCUGAUGGCUGCGAACAAGACUUUCACCUCGACAAUUGCUGCCGGCGCACAGUCCGACGUUGCAAAGGGAGAAGCUGUCAAGACUCAGCGCAAGACGUUUGACACUUUACUGAACUCUCGCAUAAGAUUACAAAAGGCUCUGAUUAGCACAAACUCCAUGGCCGCAGAGCAACACAAGGAUGAAACAGUACAAGACGCGCCUGUAGAGGCAGCAGAAGCAGCAGCUUUGACACUCCUGAACAACCUCACCAACCUCCGGCUAUCUCUGGAGGAAUCGCGAACAGGCCAAAAGCGGAAGCGCACACUUUUCGACUCCACAACGCCCUCGUCUGAGAUCUGGUCUAGCCUCCAAGCAACCGAGAAGACUGCACUACCACACCGUAAAGCUGUAUUGGAACGCUGGUCCAACAAGACGAAAGCAACAACUGUCACAAACAACAAAGCUCGUCUCAAUGCCUCAGCGCAACAGACACUUACCGAAGUCCUCGACUCUCAGCUCACCUCCUCGCACCUCAUCACCCGCACGCAAACACCGCGCUCCUGCGCGCCCCUCCAGUCCUCCAAAAAAGCCGCGCAACCCGACCCUGCCAUUUAUGACGACGCCGACUUCUACGGCCUCAUGCUGAAAGAGCUUCUCGAGCAGCGUUCCGCCGACCUCAACGCCAACGGAACUGCCGAGUUCGUCGUACAAGCACCAUGGCAAGUAGCCCGCGACGCCAAGACGAAGAAAGUCGUCGAUACGAAGGCUAGCAAAGGAAGAAGAUUACGCUACACGGUCCAAGAAAAGAUUCAGAAUUUUAUGGCACCGGAAGACCGUGGUCAGUGGGGUGAUCGGCAGAGAGAUGAGUUGUUUAGUAGUUUGUUCGGUCAAAGAUUGGGUCUUGGGGAGCAUGAUGAGGUUUGA